GCGCGAGUGUAGCGGGCGGCUAUGGCGGCUGACGGCGACUGGCAGGAUUUCUAUGAGUUCCAGGAGCCGGCCGGGAGCCUCCUGGACCAGGAGAACUGUAAUGCGAACCCCGAGGCCGGGGCCGGAGCCGGAGCCGGAGACGGGGCUGGGGCCGGGGACGAAGCGGGGACAGGGGCGGGCGGGGGCGGCGACGGCUUCCCGGCGCUGGCUUGCAGCCUGCAGGAGCAGCUGAGUCUGUGCUUCCGCCCCGCCGGUCCGGGCGCCGAGCCCCCGCGGGCGGCCGUGCGGCCCAUCACCGAGCGCAGCCUGCUGCAGGGGGACGAGAUCUGGAAUGCCCUGACAGACAAUUUUGGAAACGUCAUGCCUGUAGACUGGAAGUCGUCCCAUACAAGGACUCUACAUUUGCUCACACUGAACCUCUCAGAAAAAGGGAUGAGCGGGGGUUUGCUGUUUGACCCGUCGGAUGAUGAGGAGCUGAGGGAGCGGCUGGAUAUGCAUUCAAUCAUCGUCUCCUGUGUUAACGAGGAGCCCCUCUUCACGGCAGACCAGGUUAUUGAAGAAAUCGAAGAAAUGAUGCAGGAAUCCCCAGACCCAGAGGAUGAUGAAACUCCUACGCAGUCAGAUCGGCUUUCAGUGCUGUCCCAGGAGAUUCAGACUCUUAAGAGGUCCAGUACAAGCAGCUAUGAAGAGAGGGUGAAAAGGCUGUCUGUGUCGGAGUUAAAUGAGCUCCUGGAAGAAAUUGAGACCACCAUUAAGGAGUACUCCGAGGAGCUGGUGCAGCAGUUGGCUCUACGAGAUGAGCUGGAGUUUGAAAAGGAAGUAAAAAACAGCUUUAUUUCUGUCCUUAUUGAAGUGCAGAACAAACAGAAGGAGCACAAGGAAACGGCCAAAAAGAAAAAGAAAGUAAAGAAUGGCAGCUCUCAGAAUGGGAAGAGUGAGAGAAGUCACAUGCCAGGCACACGCUUCAGCAUGGAAGGGAUCUCAAAUGUCAUUCAGAAUGGCCUCCGCCACACCUUUGGAAAUUCAGGUGGAGAGAAACAGUAUUUGACAACAGUCAUUCCUUAUGAGAAAAAAAAUGGACCACCAUCUGUUGAAGAUCUUCAGAUAUUAACAAAAAUUCUUCUUGCCAUGAAGGAUGAUAGUGAGAAAGUUCCGAGUUUAUUAACCGACUAUAUACUGAAAGUUCUGUGUCCAACCUAGAGAAGCAUUACUUGAGGAACAGCUUUAUCUCCUACGGACUACAGAUUUAUUUCCUGUAACAUCAUUCUGAAAGCUGGCCACCAUGUCCUUCCUGCUGUUGGAAACCAGCACCCUUGAACUUGGGUUUGUGAUGCAGUAUUAAUAGAUCAUGACUUCGCUAAUGCUUUGUUUAGAGAGCCUGGAGAACUAUGGCAUUCAAGUCCUAGAAUGGUUUUUGGUAAAUCUACUAAUUAUGGACUGCUCUCUGAAUAGAGAGUGUAAUAUUACUUGGGCAUGUGCAGUUACAGUUUUCUAGUAUGCCCCUUUGAGUUUCUAUGGCUUUGUACUUUUUUUUUUGAGACAAAAUCUCACUAUGCAGCUUGGGCUGGCCUAGUGCUCA